UGUUAGACCAGUCGGCCUACACGAGAAUCUAUUCUUAGAUCAAUCAAUUCUUAAAGUUCCAAACCGGCUAUAGUGACCUCACCCAGUCUCCGGAACCAAUUCUGAACUGACCAGCCAGGAGGAUCCACUUACUGCCCAAGAUGGAUCAAAAAUUCAACCCAGACACGGCGAGGGUCUAUUAUUUUCGGUAUAUGAGGGAGUACCGCGCUAUAUGUGUUUUAUGGGGACUGCUAUCCAUCAUUUGGUGUAUAUUGAACCUCGUGGCUUUUGUUCAGCCCCAAUGGAUUGGUGAUACCCCGACCAGCCCGGGGUUCGGCCAUGUGGGGGUGUUCCAGCACUGCUACCCUGAUAACUCCCAGGGUAUCUACGUGUGCAGUGGCUCUUUCACCACCUUCGAUUCCAUUCUGAACGAUUCCUUCAGAGCCACAACGUUUUUCGUCGGAGUUUCAGCACUUAUUAUGCUUAUCACUGUUGCAGCUUUAUUGCUCUUUUUCUGCUUCAAGAAAACAUUUGUCUUCUACUUCUGCGGCAUCAUGGAACUUAUUUCAGCGGUGUUUAUGUUCCUGGCCUGUGUUAUCUUUCCCAGUGGUUGGAGCCAGCAGGAGGUUCAGGAUAUCUGCGGGACCUCGUCUGGGGAGUAUCGGUUGGGAUCCUGUAACAUUCGCUGGGCCUACAUCCUCGCCAUUCUGGGAAUUUUUGAUGCUGCUAUUCUAUCUGUCCUGUCAUUUUUCCUUGCUGCCAAGCGAGCUAAGCUGGAUUAUCUAACGCCUACUGGAGCUGUAACCAAAUCUGACCUGAAUGGAUACUCAGCUGAAACCAUGUCCAAGCGCUCCAUGCCCAUUCAGCCGGUGGUGACCGUUCCAGAAGAGCGAGUUGCAGCGUACUCCGAGUACUCACAAUCCACCAAACGUCAGGGGGCCUCAAACUUCCAGCUAUAGAUACACCAGUCUCAGAGGCCACAACUGGAGCGAUCAGAACUACACAAAAAUAGGGUAUAUAUGGAUAUACACAUAUAGCAGGUAUAAUUGUUGAGGACAAGUCAGAACUCUCCAAAUAGGUUUUCUUAUAAGAUAAUAUUUAAUGUUAUAGUUUUGGUGACAUUCUUAAUUGUACCUUGUAUUCAAAGAAAUUGUUGAAAUGUUCUUAUCUGUAUUUGGACACUGUUAAUUUUGUCAUUUUUGAACACAAUUUUCUCAUUUUUGUAAUUUUUUUGUCCCUGUUUUUGUUGUAUUUUUUGCUUCCAAUUGCCUUCAAUGGGUGCCCAGUUUGAGAUGUUCAGCGAUUUUUCCCCCCUCUGAACAAUUCACCAAAGUAGUGCUACAAGUUUGAAAGCAUGAUAUUUGAUGGUAGUAUUAUAUGAUAACUCAUUUUGUUUAGUGAUUUUAAAAUUUCAUACACAUUUUGUACUUGUCUAUUUUCAGAAGGGCAUUUUGGACAGUUUUCAUAGAUUAUAAUAAAAUAGUUAAAGACACAACAAAUUAAAUUGUAUCUAAAAUAAUUCCAUAAAAUUACUUUUUUGUAAAGAAACAAAUCACUAAAUAAAAUUGUCAGCAAUUUAUUAAAAAGAUUCAGUAUUUGAGAUUUUAUAAUGAGAUUGCUACAUAUAAGCAAACCAGUAUAAUAAUAUAUAACCUAUAAUUUUUAUGACUUAAAUUGAGAACGUUUUCCGUAACAUUUAUUAUUCUACCCUGAAAAUUUACCCUAUUUUCCUAAUUUGUACAUUUAUAUAUAUAUAUAUACAUGUAUUAUUCACUUAGAUGCUGUUCUUUUUCAUAAUUAAUCAUGUGAAUUGUAUAUUGCAUAAUACUCUCCUGUUCCUUUUAUAUAUAUACAUUCUCUUAUCAUGAGAUUUUUCAAGUAUGUUAUACAAAAUAGUGAUUAUAUUUUUGCAUUCAAAUUAGUGUCUCUAUGGAUAUUGAUAAAAACAUGAAUUAUGAUAAAGUGUUCUCUCAUGACUACUCUUUGUGAACUAGAAAUUGAUACUGUAUAGAUAUGUUUAGAAAUGUGAUAUUUUCCAGGGUAUUUUGAAUUCAGAUAUGUGUAAAGAUAUUUGCAAUGAAGCUAUUUUGGACUAGUAAAAUGCAAAAUAUAGUAUAAAUGAUAGAA